AUGGAGCCGCUCGCGAAACGGCAGAGGCUCCUCGAUAUGUUGAGCAGGCGGAACUUCAGCGAUAGCGACGGCGUGGCGGCGCUUGCCGCGCUGGGGAGAGAUGAAGCGGCGUCUCGGCGAGAUGCGCGGGAGUGCGUGGAUACGUUCACUGCGGACUUUUUUGUUCAGCCGACGCUGCAAAGGCAGGGCGGCGACGCCUUUGACUGGACCAUCGCCAAGUAUCAACUUCUCCCCCCGAGGUGUCUUGCCCAGUGCGCGGGUUUCAGAGAGGAGUUCGAGAAUGCAGUGGCGAGGUCACCGAAUAGUUUCGACAGGCCGUGGCGCCUGGCGCUCUACAUAGAUGACGCGGCAUGGCUGCCCGUUGGCGUGCUGCGCGCCACCAUCGCUAAAGAUCUGCAGGGGGGGUUCCCAGCUGCGGCCAAGGCGCUCCUGCGUUCGCUCCUGCUCGGCUCCGACAGCGUCGCCGUGGCAGGCGCCAGCGUGCCGCGCGGUGGCCAAUCGCGGAUUAUGUAUUUCAAAUUUCAGCGGUUGAUCGGUGACGAAGUUGCGACGAAAGCGUUCUUCGACGCGAAAGGCUUUGGCGGCAUUAGGUGUUGUUCCAUAUCAUGCAAGAACGUAGUGAAGCUGAACAAAGAUGGCGUGACUGAUUCGCUGGUCGAUCAUCAGACUGGCACGUACCUGGUCGACGUUUCGUGCUCUGAUCCUUCGCAGUUCGACCCGGUGUCAGACGAGGACGUCUGGCGCACGCACGAUAUUCUGGAUGCCGUGUGCAGGCGUGGGGGUGCGUUGAAAACGGCACAGACAACGAUGGGAUUUUCUUUGAACGAACACGGCGUUCUGGCCGACAAGGGUCUUCGCCCACACGUGCUUCCACAUUCUUGCUUGUUGCGCGAUUGCAUGCGCGUGUACCUGGCAGGCGGCAUCGCGAAUAUCGAGAUUGGCUUGCUUUUUAAUGGCGUUGCUGAGUGUACUCCUGGGUUUUCCUUCCGUUUGCUGAAGACGUUCGCCGAGGCCGACUGGCAUUGGAACCCUGGAGGGUUGACCAGGAGCGAGUUCGCUGACAUAUUCAACGGGUCUCGGGAGAAGGCGUGGAAAUCAGGCGGUGUCUUUCGCGCGGGGGCCCCUGAACUAUUGUCUGCAUACCCAUUCAUCAGAUACUUUGUUGUUGAACACGUUCCCGCGCACAAGGUGCAGUUGGAGCGCCAGAGCUACCUCCGUCUCUGUGACGUUCUGGACAGCAUCAACGAGGCAAAGCACUAUUCCACGCCCGUUGCUAUGAAAGAUAUCAUGCGGCGUGCAGUUGGCCGUUUCCUUGACGCGCAUAAGGCCGCGUGCCGCCUCGACGCCAUCGUCCCAAAACAUCAUUAUCAGUGGCACGCUGUGUCAGACCAAGAGGACGACAUAUUUCUUGAUUGCUUUGUGUACGAAAGGAAGAACAAGAUCGCGAAGCAAUCAAUGACUCACAUCGCGAACGCGGCAGCAUUCGAGAAAAGCUCGGUCCAACAGCUUCUCGUCAAGGUGUUCCCAGCGAUGGGCAAAGUCAGGAUGACCGAAUUGUGCGAGCCCGUGGCGGUGAGCCAGCCGUUGUCCGACAAAUUUGGCCAGGUUUACGUCGUGUCCAAACAGAUGAGGUGGCGGGGCUUGCUGCUCAGAGUUGGCAGCGUGGUUUUCAUUCAGAACGCGGCGGUCGAGGUUCAAGUGUGCUUGUCCGCAGGUGGCGUUCUAGCGCUUAUCGUGGGAAAGCUUGCGCUGGUGCGUCGUGAGCCGCUCGGUGGGUACUCUAUCUGGACUGGAGCGGGACAGUCGGAGCUCCUGGUGCCCGAGGGUGCGCGCAAGGCGACUGGAUGGUUCCUCAAGAGCGACAACACGCUGGCGGUGAUUCACUGA